AUUAUUAACAUUUGUAUGUCUUUCUAGUUAUAUGCUUUAACACCUUCAAUAUUCUUUCCAAAAUUUCAAAAUCAUGGAGAUAGAUUUUCUCGGCCUGAAUUCCUCCAACUACAAAUUGGAGCAAGGAAAUCUCAAGUAUCCAUUCUUAGAUCCAGCUGGAGGAGUUGAGACAUCUUUGUCUCUCAGCACAAGUUCUUCCUUCAAUUUCUCUGAUAAGAAGAAAUGGGAAUUUGCAAGUAAUGAAGAUGAGAUGCAAUCUUCUUAUGAUACAAUUUGUGGUUUGGAUAAAUCUCACGUGACGGAACAACCUAGCCUACUUCUGGUGGCGCGGCCGGCUUUCCUCCAAGCCUCCGGCGGCGGGGGGUUUCGAUAUGACGUCAACGAUGCUGCAACCCCCAAUUUAAGGAACUUGUCUCUAUCCGCUGAAACUAAUGGAUAUAAUACUGGAAAUGCAUCCAACGGCAUCUCUACCGGAGUAUCUGAUCCCUACAUUUUAACGGAAAUAGGUCAUACUCCAACCGUGGCGAUGGCCAGACGAGCAACCUUAGCCAGAUUCUUGGAGAAGCGAUUGCACAGAAUGAAUCAAGCAAGGACAUCUCAUAUGAUGGGGAAAUCACUGGGUGCAACCAACACUGAAGCUUGUGAGACAACGAUUACCAGAAACAACAACAACAAGACCAAUGACCCGAGACGAAGAUGAUGAUGAUGAUGAUGAUAAUGAAGAACAUUUCAGGUAUAAAACCUUACAAAAUGUCAGAAACGAUAACUACGAUAUGCCAAAGAAUAAUCAAGCGACGCUUGCAACAGGUUAUCGGACACAAUGCGGAAAUAAUAAUACGACAAUUUAUAGCUAUCUAUAUCUUUAUUCACAUCGAUGGUUUGCAUAUGGAGUAGAAUAAGUAAUACUACCAAUUAUAGCAAGGAAUUAUUAAAGACUGCCAAUAUUUGAUUCCUAUUUAUUGAUGUAUAAUAUAUUGUUUAUAUAUUCAUUAUCAUUCAUAUA